GCCAAAAGCCACUGUGUCAAGUGUCCUACUUGGGUUGCCGUAUGUAGUUGGCAAAUAUGGUGGACCAUCUCGCACGCGCGCACUACAGAGAAGGCAGGGCUGCAGAUCGGGUAGUGACUACAGGAGCUGCUCGGAACAUCUCUCAACAAAAAGUUUGACCAGCUGCUGUCCGGUGAAUCUCAGCUGAAGAUGGCGACCUCCUUCAGAUUCGGAUCCACGAUCGACCCGUGCAGGACGGCUGCUGCUGAGAGAGCAGUGCUGCUGGAGGGCGAGGAAAUAAUUGGCAAAGAACCACACCUGGAUCCGGACACCCUCCUGCAGUGUCCCUUCGAUAAGAACCACCUGAUCCGGGUCUGCCGCUUCCCGUACCACCUGAUAAAGUGCAGGAAGAACCACCCGAAGCUGGCGAGCGAGUUGAAGACGUGCCCGUACAACGCUCGUCACCUGGUGCCUCAGAACCAGCUGAUGUCCCACACGGAGACCUGCGAGGACCGCAUCUCUGUGGACAUUGAAGACCGCGGCAGCACCAACCGACUGAUCCCCCUGCAGGUCAGCACCUGGGUCAACCCCGACAUGUCCGAGGACUGGGACCAUGAGGUCGAUGACGCGGCGCCUCCAUUUGUGUGGGGGGUGAACACGGUGAUAGAUCAUCAAUUUGAGAUGAAGCCGACCAACAACCUGGGUCCGAGCUUCAGGACCCCCAACACGCUGCCCUGGGCCGAGUUCUAAAUCAUGACGUGUGAACAAAUAAAAACAAGUAACACGUGUUAUAUAAACGCAUGCAUUAAUAUUUAUUUUAGAAUGUGUUCUCCGCAUGUCCUUAACCUUAACCCCAUUUUAAGUUUUAAAUCGGCACUUUGAUUUUUUUAUCAACUCUCGCUGAGGAAACUGAUGGCCUUCAAUCUUGUUUUGAUAUUCGGGUGUUAGUGUGUAUUCUGUGUGCUUGUUUUUAUUAAAAGUUGCUUUUUUGUUA